UCUGCCUCAAACUCAACAACCCCAUACGCAGGGCCUGCAUCAGCCUGGUGGAGUGGAAGCCAUUUGAUAUCUUUAUAUUAAUUGCUAUUUUUGCCAACUGUAUGGCCUUAGCUGUGUAUGUACCCUUCCCAGCAGAUGAUUCCAACUCCACAAACCAUGACCUGGAAACAGUCGAGUAUGCCUUCCUCAUCAUUUUCACAAUUGAGACCUUUCUGAAGAUUAUCGCUUAUGGUUUGGUGAUGCACCAAAACGCUUACGUGAGAAACGGUUGGAACAUGCUGGAUUUCGUCAUUGUCGUCAUAGGACUCUUCAGUGUUGUCUUGGAGCUUUUGACCAAAGAAGAUAAGGAAGAAGUCGAAUUAGAAGGAGAAAUUAACCAUCCGUCAGGGCAUGGUCACGCAGGAAAACCCGGAGGUGGAUUCGAUGUUAAAGCCCUUCGAGCCUUUCGUGUGCUGCGACCCCUGCGGCUGGUCUCAGGAGUUCCCAGUUUACAGGUGGUAUUGAACUCCAUCAUUAAAGCCAUGGUCCCUCUGCUCCACAUUGCCCUCCUGGUCUUGUUUGUCAUCAUCAUCUAUGCUAUUAUCGGCCUGGAGCUUUUCAUCGGUAAAAUGCACGCAACCUGCUUUAUUCCUGGCGUGGACACGAUAGCAGAAGAGGAACCAGCUCCAUGUGCGAUCUCAGGGCACGGGCGUCAAUGCCCCAUCAACGGCAGCGUGUGCAGGGAAGGCUGGCACGGUCCAAACGGAGGCAUCACCAACUUUGACAACUUCCUGUUUGCCAUGCUCACAGUGUUUCAGUGUAUCACCAUGGAGGGCUGGACGGACGUGCUGUACUGGAUGAACGAUGCUAUGGGCUUAGAGCUUCCAUGGGUUUACUUUGUCAGUCUUGUGAUCUUCGGCUCCUUUUUCGUUCUUAACCUGGUUUUGGGUGUGUUGAGCGGAGAGUUUUCCAAGGAGAGAGAGAAAGCCAAAGCCCGGGGAGACUUCCAGAAGCUGCGGGAGAAGCAGCAGCUGGAGGAGGAUCUGAAGGGUUACUUGGACUGGAUCACUCAGGCCGAGGACAUCGACCCGGACAACGAGGAUGAGGCCGAUGAGACCAAGCGCAACCGUAAGCACCUUCUCCCAUUCCUCACAGAAACGCUGCGCUAGCAUCUCAAGAGCCCUUCAAUACUACAA